UACCGAUCUCUUGGAUUAUACAUAAGAGAUGUCAAAGUAUAACUACAACAGUUUGCCUACUUCGGAACCUGAUCCGGAAGAUAAAAUGCAACUUUUGUUACCUCCGUUAAUGGUCACGUUAGCCGUACCAUCAAGUCCAAGUUAUCCGAUGUCUCCGUCACCGAUGGGAUCAUCGGAAACGCUACCAGAGCAUCAAAAUGCGAAACGGAGAAUGGAUCGCCGUCUUAUGCGACUGAAUACGGAACUCCUUCAAGCGGUUGUUGACGGAAAUUUGGCAGAGGUUGAACGUGGCCUCCAGCAUGAUGCCAGUGCAAAUGCGACAUGCAAGCCACAUCGGAUUUCGAGUUGUCACAUCGCGAGCUUUUUAGGACAUACCGAUAUUUUGCAAACUCUAUUGAAGAAUGGUGCCCAACUCGAAGGAACGCGUGACGCGAUGGGACGGACUCCUUUGCAUCUCGCGGCGUGGGAAGGCAACCCGGAUUGUGUAAAGCUUCUUCUCGAACAUGCCCCAGAACUGGUAAAUGUAACAAUAGAAGAAGUCGUGAUAAAAGAUAAAAUUCGGCCAGAGUGGAUCGACUCCUGGGAUCACGAUCAUCAGUCGGUGAUUGACAUGCUACCGGUCUUAGAAUUCGGGAGUUCACCUCUUCACGUAGCUUGUAAACGGACAGAGUUGAUAUGUGUGCAACAUCUUCUGGCAGCUGGAGCUGAGUUUAAUAAAGUUGACAGUCGAGGUAUGAGGCCACUUGAUGUAGUAGGCGAAAACCUAAUCGACCACCGUGAAGAGGGCGACGUGGAAUUCAGGUACCCAGGCGUAAUCGCAUCAUUGAUAGCCGCUGGCAGCCGGCAUUACCUCUCUUCGGAAUACAGGAAUCAAGGUCACAUUGUGACACCACUACAUACGGCUGUUGAGUUGGGUUCCUUGGACGCGAUAACAGCUCUUCUGAAUGCAAAUUUCCCUCGCUCUGUAUGGAACUCGAUUGGAGACACUCCGAUGCAUCUGUGUAUCACGAAAAAAGCGGUGGAACCGUUGAAGCUGUUGAUGAACACAGCCAACAGUGAAGACCCACCGAAUUACCUUGAUCCUGUAAAUUCCAUUGGACUGACUCCUCUGCAAUUGGCAAUGCGUCAAAAUUGGAUUCCAGGGGUGAGCAUUAUCUUGGAAGCUGGUGCAGACGUCACGAUCACCUCGAGAAAUGGAUCCACAGCCUUGCACUUGUCCGCUGCAAGCGGUAACCUGGAGAUGAUGCAAGAACUGCUGAGCAUUCCGGACUCACAAACGAUAAUCGAGGUGGAAAACCAGCUGGGAGAAACUCCUUUAUUUUGCACGAUCGCUAGUGGUAGAGUAGAUUGCGUUAAAGAGAUUCUCAACGCCGGCGCGAGCGUUCAGCACAAAUUGCACGGUGAGGUGACGGUGUUCCAUCGUGCAGCCGAACACGGCUAUGCCGACAUUCUUCAAGUCCUGCUUGACAGAGACUCCUCGACGACGAAAUUGAUGAUCAAUGCCAGAGACAAGUUGGUGAUUUCUGGAAUGACGCCAUUGCACAUGGCCGCGAAUUUCGGACACGUUGAUUGUGUGAGAAUUCUUCUUGACGCCGGUGCGGACAUUAUGGCUACAACAACAGAGAACCCGCACAACAAGGCGACCUCUUUGCACCUAGCAGCUACACAUAAUCACUACGAAGUCGUGGCUGUUCUAUUAAGUCGUGACACUCACAUCCUUGACAUACAGGACAGUCACGGGUGGCUACCGCUGCAUGUGGCGUGCUAUCACAGCAACAGAGAAAGCAUUAGACUGCUGUUGGACGCCGGCGCCGAUUUGUCCGUCGUAACAAAAGACGCUGACCGCAAAAGUAUGUCUGCGAUGGAUUUCCUCGUUUACAACGUUCCCAGGCCCGUCGAAUUUCUCGAAUCGGUAUUCGACUCUGCCAUCACUAUCAACGAGUACACAAUUAAUGAGCCCAAUUGUGUAAUCACUCUUGAUUACAGUAUAUUAACACCUCGUGGCGUAAACAUGGAGCAGAUGAGAGUUGUCAAUGCCCUCAUUAACAGCGGGAACCAAUUCAACCAAAAACGCCUACUGAUUCAUCCCCUGAUCGAAAGUUUCUUGUACUUGAAAUGGCGGGCUCUCAGUCCUUUUUUCAUGAUCAAUCUAGCACUCUACGCAGUGUUUGUCGUUGCUACGACGCAAUUAAUCACUGGAAUUUAUUACUACAAGGAUAAAGGAGAGGAACCGCCAGUUAUUCUUGACACACAGAUGAGCAGUUAUGUCCUGCUUUUCAGCCUUGUGCCUAUCGCCAUUCUGGAAUUCUUACACGGGCAGCAACGUUCUUGGACCUACUUCCACGAACUUGAAUCCUGGGUCAAGUGGGGUUCUUUCAUCCUUUCGACGCUGGUUGUAUUCGCUGAUCACAACGCAAACGAAUGGACUCGUCACGUGGCUGCCGUAGCCGUCCUGCUAGCUUGGACCGAGCUCAUGUUUUUGCUGUCUCGUUUCCCAGAAUGGGGUUACUACGUACUAAUGUUUUCAAAAGUGGCCACCAACGUUAUCAAGGUGCUAUUGACGUUUGGCUUUCUUGUGAUUGGUUUCACCUUCAGUUUCUUGGUCCAGUUCCGGAGCGAACCUCCAUUUGGCUCCCCGUGGCAGAGUUUCGUAAAGACCAUGGUGAUGAUGACUUCGGAAUUCGAUUACUCGGAUCUCUUUACGGGACAGGAAGACUACAUAGUGACAGUGACACUUGGACGGCUGGUAUUCGUCGCCUUUCUGGUUCUAGCUGCGAUCGUUCUGAUGAAUUUAAUGGUUGGUUUAGCGGUUAAUGACAUCAACGACUUGGAGAUACGAGGAAAAACUCAGCGCCUCUUUAAGCAGGUCAAUUUCCUAUGCAGCUUGGAUUUGGUGGUCUACAAUAAAAUGAUACUCCGCCUAUUUCCAAAAAGCUGGCGCAUCAGAGUCGAGAAGGGUAGAUGCGUUGAUUCGAAACUUUAUCUUCAUCCGGGUAGACCACUCCGCACUAUUUUUAAGAUGAUACCUUCUACGAUCAAAGAAGACAUCAUACAAACCGCUAGGGCCGGUCAAAAAACGUCAGAACCAACCAUAGUUGACAUUCUGAACCGGUUAACUAAUCUGGAAAUGGUUCUCCAAAAGGUUUCCCAAAAAGAAACUCUCGUGCCAUCACAAAGUAAUACAGAAGCCACAGCUACUUCCGACUUGUCGCGUCUCAUUGAACACAUUGAUAAAUUGAAAGACGACUCUAUUUCGAGGUGGGAAAAAACAGAACUUACAAUUGAAAACGUAGCUCAGAGCUUUAGAACUUUACAGAGACAGUUACUCAGAUUAAACGCGAACAUUGCUUUCUCAGGAAAUGCGCCUCAUGUAGUGAGCGUAGACGAAAUGUAAGAUACGGUCUUACUUCAAGCAUUGGCUGUGAGCAAUGAUAGACAAAAUUCUAAUUAAUCAAUAACAAAUUCCAUUUUUAUUUCGUAACUAGGA